CAAACUUGCGAGAAGGAAAAGUUAAAGCAUGUGACCUCUGCAACUAGCAAUAAGCUACUGCACUUGUCAACUAAGGUGGACAGGAAUCGAUGGCUAGCUGUUACCAGGAUUUUGGCUAUCCUUUUAACUACUUAAGACCUGAUAUAAGACAACGUCAUUGUCGUAUGUUCUUACAAUUAAUUGCAAAAGACAAACAAAACAUUAGUCACUGCUGUGACCUUACCUUAUCUGAAGCAGAGUUUCAGAGAAGAAACAAUAACUCGUCUAUACUCUGUCAGGUUUCUUUCUGCAGGAAGAACAUGGAGAGAGAAGACCAGAAGCCAUCUCUAAAUUCACCAUUGAUUGAAAUUUCUGAAGAAACCUUAAACAAUCAAACUUGCACCGAGAAGAGGAAGGUUAUUUUUGAAGAAGUGAAAAAGCAGCUAUGGCUGGCAGGGCCUUUGAUCUCUGUUAGCUUGUUACAGUAUUGUUUGCAGAUGAUAUCGGUGAUGUUUGUGGGUCACCUUGGUGAGUUGUCACUCUCCGGUGCUUCCAUGGCCACAUCUUUUGCAACUGUAACUGGUUUCAGCUUGUUGGGGGGAAUGGCAAGUGCAUUGGAGACACAGUGUGGACAAUCAUAUGGAGCAAAGCAGUAUUCAAUGCUUGGAAUACACAUGCAGAGAGCCAUUUUUGUUCUUUUACUUGUUAGCAUUCCCCUCUCCUUUAUCUGGGCAAACACAAGAUCCAUUCUUAUUGCUGCACACCAAAAUUCUGAUAUAUCAAAAGAAGCAGGAUUAUAUGCUCGUUUCAUGAUCCCUAGCCUUUUCGCAUAUGCUAUUCUUCAGUGCCUGACUCGAUUCUUGCAAACACAGAAUAUUGUAUUUCCAAUGAUGCUAACCUCUGGAGUUACUUCUUUGUUACACAUACUUGUAUGUUGGAUUUUGGUUUUCAAAUCUGGUCUUGGAAGUCGAGGAGCUGCCUUGGCAAAUUCAAUAUCCUACUGGGUAAAUGUGAUACUUUUGGCAAUUUAUGUCAAAUUUUCUUCUUCAUGCGCAAAGACUUGGACAGGAUUUUCAAUGGAAGCCUUGCACAAUAUUCUAAAUUUUAUUGGACUUGCUAUUCCUUCAGCUGUUAUGGUCUGCUUAGAGAUGUGGUCAUUCGAACUGAUGGUUCUCCUCUCUGGUCUUCUUCCUAAUCCAGAAUUAGAAACUUCAGUGCUUUCUAUAAGCCUUAAUACUGCUGCAACAGUUUGGAUGAUCCCCUUUGGACUUAGUGGUGCUGUGAGCACUCGGGUGUCCAACGAAUUAGGAGCAGGGAAUGCAGAAGCUGCACGUUUAGCAGUAUGUGUUGUCCUAGUCAUGGCCAUUACUGUGGGCAUUUUGGUUGGAUCAGUGCUGCUUUUGAUACGCAACAUCUGGGGUUAUGCUUAUAGCAAUGAAAUACAAGUGGUUAAAUAUGUGUCCUCCAUGAUGCCUAUUCUUGCAGUGUCAAACUUUUUAGAUGGAUUGCAGUGUGUUCUUUCAGGCAAUGCUAGAGGAUGUGGAUGGCAGAAGAUUGGUGCAUUUGUUAAUCUUGGAUCGUAUUACUUGGUGGGGAUUCCUUCUGCUGUUUUGCUAGGCUUCGUUCUACACAUUGGUGGCAAGGGGCUUUGGCUUGGUAUUAUAUGUGCCCUCGUAGCGCAAGUUUCAUCUCUUUCAAUUGUUACAAAUCGUACUAACUGGGAGCAAGAGGCCAAAAAAGCCACAGAGAGAGUGUACGACUCUGUAAUCCCUGUUAAUACAGUGUCCUGAAGAUGAUUUUGUUUACAGAUGCUGUGUUAUUUGCUCUGGGAAAUUGGUAUCUGAGAUGGCUCUGGGAAGCAGAACUUGUGAAGCCAAAUUACUGGCAUGACAAUUUUAGCAUUUUUCUACUAAACCGAUGUGUUGUAAUAACCUUGAUGUAUUUACUAGGAUAUGUAAAACGGAUCAGACCGAUUAGAAUAAUAUAUGAAUAACGUGUUAUAUUGUAUUAGGCAACAGCAUUGAUUUGGCACAUAAGAGUGCCUGCCUAAUAAGCUUUCUUCCUA